AUAUUUAAAUGUGGAAAAGAAAUCGUAAUAGAAGUAAUCUGCGAACAAAAUUUCAUUACAAAGAUCCCUCCCACAAACAAAAGAAAAAAUUACCUCUCCCUCGGUUGGUCAAUUCAAAAAUGUCAAAUUCUAUAGUGGCUAAUUCUUGACGAAAACUCUUGACUGAAUCUUUCCUAUUCUAAUUGUUAGUCGAUCGGGAAAGGGCAUUUGGAACCCGGACUGGACGGGACUGGAAGAAAGGAUCGGAUCUUAUCAUCUGGAAAGUAAGAAUCGCCAAUGACUACCAUAGCCAUUGGGCGGCUGCUUUGUGGAUGCCCGCGGAUUGGUCGCAAGCUCAUCAACACCUCGCGAACUUUGACCUCGGGCUUGUGGCGCACAAUGGUCCUCACACUGACGGAUCGUGAUCAGGAUACGGAUCGUGAGCGAGUUGGCUUGGAAGCGGGCGACCAUCCCAGUAUAAUGGAGGAUCCGGCAAUAAGGCAACCUAAUUUAUGUUUCGGCUUUCUUCUGCACAAUCGGGGCAUACCCACCAUGGUGUACAUGGCUCACAAACGACACUACUCUACCUACGAGAAGACAUCGACGCAGAUCCUCUCGAAGCUCUUCCCCCAGACAUCGGAGGAGCCCAAUGACGAGGAGAGCCGGGAGCGGCGGCGUCGCGAGGAGGAGGAGGAGCUUCAGGAAAUGGAACGGGCCUGGAAACGGAUGAAGCUCGGAUUCGGCAUCUUUGGCAUUGGUGGCCUGCUCUUCUCGUUUUGGGCCAUAUAUUACUUUGGCAAGCCGGCGGUGGAUGAGAACGGCAACGAGGUGUUGGACGAGUUUAGCCAAUUGCCGUUGGCGGAACAAUAUAUGGCCCGGACCUGGAAGUCGGUGAAUCACUUCCAGCGCUUUAUUCAAGAGCCGUCCAGCCAAAAACUAUUGCCGGAGCCCCUGCAGGCUCCCUAUGUCCAGCCACCGUAUACACUGGUCCUGGAAAUCAAGGAUGUGCUGAUACAUCCCGAUUGGACCUACGAGACGGGCUGGCGCUUCAAGAAGCGACCCGGUGUGGAUGUGUUUUUGCGAGAGUGCGCCAAGUACUUCGAGAUCGUUAUCUAUACGGCGGAGCAGGGUAUCACAGUAUUCCCCCUGCUGGAUGCCCUCGAUCCAAAUGGUUAUAUUAUGUACCGUCUUGUUCGGGACUCGACCCACUUUGUGGGCGGGCAUCAUGUCAAGAAUCUGGACAAUCUAAAUAGAGAUCUGAAGCGGGUGGUGGUGGUGGAUUGGGAUAGGAACUCCACCAAGAUGCAUCCCAAGAACUCAUUUGCAAUACCGAGAUGGUCUGGCAACGACGAUGAUACGACUUUGUACGACUUGGUCUCGUUUCUGAGUGUCCUGGGCACCAGCGAGGUCGACGAUGUGCGUGAGGUCUUGCAGUACUAUAACCAAUUCAAGGAUCCAAUAUCCCAGUUCCGGGAGAAUCAACGGAAGCUCAGCGAACAGAUGCAGGCCGACGAGCUGGAAAGGAACAGCAAGACCAAGCCGGUCGUCAAGAAUUGGACUCGUGGCUUUAUAAAGCAUUGAAAACGUUGUGGUUCUCAUGAUAUGUCCAUCACUUUUGGUUUCCUUUCCGAUUUAUGUUAGUAAUUCCCCAAAAGAUUUAAAACUGACAAUAAAUUUUUUGCACAAAAAAAA